CAAGCGCCACUUCUCAGGCUUCACUUACAUCAACUUGUAUUCUGCAGAUACUCUAUUUCCUAUUACUUUGGCAGAAGAAAUUGUAUCAUACCAGGCUACACAGCAGCGCACGCUAUCACGAUAGGUAUUUUGGCACUGAGCACGAAACACCAAGGUUGCUGCCAGCUUCUGUAUCCUCAACACGCCUUGAGGCCUGGGGAUAAAUGGUAGAGGAAUCAAAGCAAAUUAGAACCGGGGAAGCAACAUGGACAAGGGACCACCCGCUAGAGGGAUCAACAGCGCGCAGUUUGACAACGAAGGCGAUUUGUCUCAAACCGAUUCUGCCUCCAUACGAUGCAUCAAUUACGGGAUAAAUCCGAUUAAAAGUCCCGCCGCAGGCAACUUCUACAGCAGUUUCUUAGUGGCCGGUUCUUUCCUUUGGUUGAACGAAAUAUUGGCAUUCUACAAGCCCAGUCCCAUCAUAUCGAGUAUCCUUUCGUUUCUGCAAACCUACAUAUCCAUCCACGACACGAACUCCGCAUCCGCAGGAUUGGUCUUCGCGAUAUUCAUGCUAUCAGUCUUGAUUUUCUCCUUGACAUUAGCUGCUUGGGGCUUCGCGACCAGUCUAGGCAGGACCCCGAAUAUAGGGAUGUUCUGCAUAAUUGUGUGCAUUGGGAUGGGGCUGGGGAUUUUGGUUGGUGUGACGUUGGAGGAAUUUUUUAUGGUGCUGACGCCUGUCACCGUUGGUUUUGGGCUUUUUGCUAGCUCUGUUCUAGCUCUGCGAAAGCCCGUAAAGAUUUUGACUUCUCAAAAGUCAUGAGAAGACGAGCAUUAGAGCUUUUGAAUUGAAUCUGGAGAAGCUCCUUCAUAUACCGAAUAUCUGGGGUUCAAACAUCUAGUUAAUACAUGAACUAAGGCUCAUGUUGCAUAGUAAACGGGACUGUAUAUAUGGAGGAUUGUUGAUAGGGCUAGGGAGCUAGCGAUGUGUGUAGGAUUGAGAAUUGUUUGAGUAUUGGUAUGGUCUUAUGGGCUCCCUUCGUGAUAAAAUGUCG